AUGACCUCCAUCAACGACAUCCAAGAAAAGACCCACCCGGAGCCGAGCGUCUCGCAUUCCGGACCCAGCCCAGAGCUCAAGAAGGCCACUCCCACCCUCCGGCCGUCGGCGCUCUUCCGGAAUCCGUUCUCUUACAAGUCAAUGGCCGUGGAAUCAAGCCCGGGAAAGCUUCCGGCUUUCCUCAUGAUCACAACUCUCCUCUGCCUCGCCACUUUGGGAGCCGCCUCCCCUCUUAUCAAUCCCGAGGAGCAGCGUCCUGCCGAGGUUCCUCAUAUUGCCCCUGAUCACCCUGCCUAUCACCCGGCAGUUUCUCAACCCCAUCACGAGUCUGGAGAGGAAGGAGAGCAUCAGCCUGAGCAACCCGCCCAUCACAUCUCCUUCCCUCGACCACGCCGCGAAUUUAGAGAGAAAGAACACCACCCAUCCUACGAGGAGCACCGGCCGGAGGGCCAACACCAUGCCGAGGAACACCAGCCAGAGGGACAGUAUCCUCCCGAGCAAUCCCAUACCGAGGAACCCCACCACCCGAAAGGGGACCACCUUGAAGUGAGCCGCCUGGAGGAGAACCACGCCGAGGAACACUGCCCCGAGGGAUUCCACCCAGAAGUCCACAUCCGCUCCUCCCUCCUUGAACCCCCCGCCCCCCUCCCAGCAGGCGCCUACACCCCCAGCACCCCCUGCCCACCCAGCCUCGAAGGCCAAUGGAACUGCAUGCUCACCUCCUGGCAGCGCUGCGGCUCAGGGAUCUGGUCCGCCGUGAUGCCCACCGCAAAGGGGACACAAUGCGCUCCUGGAGGGAUCGCCCAUGAGCUCAAGACCGUCCUUGCUCCCGACUACCCUCCUUCUGCCAAACCCAACCCUGACCAGCCACAACUGCCUGGGCCUCAGGGGAAUACUGGUGGGUGGGCGCAGGGUUUGCCGCCUAGAUACAGCGAGGGCGGUAGACUUGGUGUGUCGAUAGGGUUGGCGAUUGCGGGGGUGGUGGUGGUGGUUGUGGCUGGGUUGACGUAA